CAGGACGUUGACCCGUUAUCAGUGGAAUGAUCAGUCGACACCACUUGUUCGUUUCUCACACGGUCUAGCUAAAGAGCUUCCUGUUGUCUGGUUAUUGUAAGUGUGACAGUAUAUCCAAUCAAGAUGAUUGAGACAAGGUUUUCUCAUCUUUUGAUAACAUGUGCAGUCCUGUGUGGUGUACUGUGUCACCCUGGCCGCCCGGCUCUUCCAGACAGUCCAGAGGCGCGCAAACUCUUCCGUUUGGCGGAACAAAAUAGAACCAAUGAUGGCUUUCUUACAAAGGCCGAAGUAGACGAUAUAUUCACCGACUUCGAUUUGGAUAUGGACGGGUCUGUUGAAGAGACUGAGUUCUUGAAGGUGUGGGCGGAGAAGCAUCUUGGGACACCCGAGAGUGGCAGGACACUGUUCCACCACGCUGACACAGACGGCGACGAUACACUUUCGCUCACACCAGACUUGGCCAGGGUGUUCUAUUACUUCGACAGAAACCAGGACACGAAAGUAAGCCAAGCCGAGUUUGUGACAGUCUGGGUAGAAAUGUCCCUUUAAUACAUCGUCAACCACAGUAUGCAGUCAAGUGUAAAUCUCUGAUUGCCAAAAGCAUAAUAAAGCAUACACUUAAAGUUUUUUUUG